CCUCGCAGGGCAGCCUCGGCGGAAAUGAGCAGGACCCCGCCGGAAGCCGGAAGCGCGUUGAGGUGACGUGUGGCGGGCGGGGGGCCGGCAGCUGUGUGGGUGCCGCCAUGGAGACGCUCUAUCACCAGACCAACAAGCAAAUCCAGGAGGUCCAGUCUUACAUGGGACAUCUGGAAACCUCAGACAAGCAGUCUGUGCACUUGGUAGAAAAUGAGAUUCAGGCAAGACUAGACAAAAUAUUCAGCAACUUGGAGCGCCUGGAAAUCCUGUCUAGCAAAGAACCUCCUAAUAAGCGGCAGAAUGCCAAACUCCGAGUUGACCAGCUCAAGUAUGAUGUCCAGCACCUGCAGACAGCACUGAGGAACUUCCAGCAUCGCCGUUAUGCCCGGGAACAGCAGGAGAAACAACGAGAGGAACUUCUGGCUCGCACGUUUACCACUAAUGACUCUGACACCACCAUACCGAUCGACGAAACAUUACAGUUUAACGACUCCCUCCAGAAUGCCCAUCGUGGCAUGGAUGAUCUUAUUGGCAGUGGGACCAGCAUCCUGCAGGGGCUGAGGGACCAGAGAAUGACACUAAAGGACACUCAUAAGAAGAUCUUAGAUGUUGCCAACAUGCUGGGCUUAUCAAACACAGUGAUGCGACUGAUUGAGAAGAGGGCCUUUCAGGACAAAUACUUCAUGAUUGGUGGAAUGCUCUUGACCUGUGUGAUCAUGUUCCUUGUGGUGCAGUACCUGACAUGAGUGGACAGUUCCAGCAAAGGAAAUCAUCUUUUGGAACAAGACAGACCACCCUUCAGACUACUGCCUAUUUUACUCUUGAGUUCAUUUCUGUAGACAGCAGAAUUUGCUAAGUGACAGUCAAGUCAUACAUGGAUAAGUGAAUAGAGGAACAAACAUGGAUUUGGGAUGUUUAUGACCCAUAACAAUCUCUCCAGCCUUCAGUGCUGUCACUCUAUUGCCUGUAUACUUAAGGAUCUGGCUGGCUACCUAGGAGACAUCAUGUGCAGUGAAUCUUUUGGCCAGUUCUAAUACUAGAUACGGUUGUGGUGCCCAUCUUCUGAGGCUGAGGAAGAUGUGGCAUGGCUUUCCCAUCCCUGUGCUGGUCACAAGUGUUCUUCAUGUCUUUCUCAUACGCAGAAGGCUGUUAAGAAGAGCAAAUGCUACAUGGAUCUGCCCUGCAGAGCAUGCAUGCAGAAAGAGUGCUACAAUGUAAGGUUUUGGGUUCCCCUAUGAAAAUUUGGUCCCUUUACACAAGAGGUGAAGUAGAAGGAUGUCGUUAUCACAGCAUGAACAGUUGCUAAUUUUCUUAUUUUGCAGUAACUGGAUAUAGCUCUUCCUGCCUUAGGCCAAGAUGUCGCUAUUUGUAUGUGGAAAUAGAUUCCCAGACCCUUUGUUUUUUGGAAAAGCCUUGGUCCUUUUCAGGUUGAAUUCUUCCCCAUGGAAGUUGAGUGGUGGACUCUACAUGCAGAUAAAUACAGUUUAGUAGAAGACUUUCCAGCGUCUAUUUUAACCUCUACUUUUCCUCUAUUGCCACCCUGUGAUAGCAACUGCUCUCAUCCCCAUGCUUUUAUUGGGAGAUGAGACACUGUUGCUUCAGUGGAGCUGAAUCUUUAUAUAGCCAAUUGUUUCUGACAAGUCCAGCCUUCAAAAGACUCUGUUUCCAUUGCACAACAUGCUCUGGCAAGUUAUUUUGUGUUCUGCUUGUAGCUACUACUGUGACAACAGUGGUUGGAGCUAAGGAGUUGAAUAUAUCACCGUUCCACUGCA